GUAACUGUAACGGAAAUUGUGUUUAUAUUUUAUUUCGGGUGUGAUGCACGUUUUUUUUUUUUUUAAAGGUGAAUUACAGUUACCUACUUUCAUACUAAAUAUUACAAACAAGUAGAUUUAAAGCAGUGUAAAUGGAGGAAGAUGUAAAGAGUUUAAAAGAAAUAAUCAAGCAACGAGAUGCUGAGAUUAUUCGGCUGAAAUCGAUUUUAGAAAAUACAAAUAAUUUUAAAGAAACAUUAAACACUAUUGAAAAAAAAUCUUUCCUUUCUUCACAAGAUAUUUCACGGUACAGUCGACAACUUAUUUUGCCCGAAAUAGGAGUUUCUGGCCAAAUUUCUUUAAAACAGACUUCUGUAUUGAUUGUUGGAGCUGGUGGACUAGGAUGUCCUGCUGGAUUAUACUUAGCUGCAGCUGGAAUUGGUGAAAUUGGUAUAGUUGAUCAUGAUGUAGUAGAAAUAAAUAAUUUACAUCGUCAAAUAGCUCAUACAAUGAACUCUAUUGGUGAAGAAAAAAGCAAGUCUCUACAGCGGGCCAUUAAGGAAAUCAAUCCCAGCAUAAAAUGCUGUGCAUAUUCUGUGUUACUUAAUUCUACAAAUGUGGAAGAAAUAAUUAAACCUUAUAGUAUAAUCCUUGAUGCUUCGGAUAAUGUACCUACUAGAUAUUUGUUGAAUGAUGUUGCUGUCCUUUUUAAAAAACAUCUGGUUUCUGGUUCAGCUUUAAGAUUUGAAGGCCAGUUGACUGUUUACAAUUAUUUAGAUGGACCUUGUUAUCGUUGUUUAUUCCCUAAACCACCUGCAGCUGAUACAGUUACAAACUGCUCAGAUGGUGGUGUAUUGGGUGUUAUUACUGGUGUAAUUGGUUCCUUACAAGCUUUAGAAGUAAUAAAAAUAGCUGCAGGACACCAUCCUUCCUAUUAUAAAAAAAUGUUACUCUUUGAUGGUUUUAGUGGUGAUUUCAGAGUUCUUAAAUUGCGAAGUAAAAAAAGUGAUUGUGAAAUAUGUGGAAAAGAACCAUUAAUUAAAAAACUGAUUGAUUAUGAAUUGUUUUGCAAUAGGCCAGCAACUGAUAAAGAUUUUAAUUUAUCACUUUUGCCAGAUACUGAAAGAAUUUCUUGUAAGAAACUCAAGCAAAUUUUUGAUGAAGAUUCUAAAUGCAUAUUGUUAGAUGUCCGUCCUGUUAAUGAGUUUAAAAUAUGCAGUUUAUCUAAAUCAAUAAAUAUACCUAUUGAUAAACUUGAACUAGAGAAUUCAUUAAUAGAGUUGAAAAAUUUAAUAGAUGAAACUGGAUAUAGUGAUAAUUAUAUCAUUUGUAGACGCGGUAAUGAUUCACAAAAAGCUACUGUUGCGCUAAGAAAACUUAUUCCAACUUGUACUUGGCAUGAUGUAAUAGGUGGCCUACAUGCUUGGCACCAUGAAAUCGAUUCAUCUUUUCCUUUGUAUUAAUAUUAAAUAAAAAUGAAAAGUGUAUGAA